CUUAGACGUUUGAGGGUGAGAGGUCUGGGGGUCUGGCCCUGUGUCGUGAGUGCUGGAACCUGCUGGAGGAGACUUGGUCGAGGCAAGGAGGGCAGGGCUUACGGAGUGUGAGGUGGGGUGCCAGGAUUGUGAUCAGGAAGGGUGGGACGAUGGAGGGCUCCUCCUGUGGAGGGGAGGCCAGACAGAGAGAGGAGCCUGGGAACAUGGGACACGCCAUGUGGGGACGCUUUGGUUGGGGUUUAUACUGGGAGCAUUAGAUGCCAAAAUGACCUAAAGUGUGGGGAGGGUUGACUAGGGGGACGCUACAGUGUGUGUGGCUGGGAACAAGGCAGAAGAGGCAGGUCUAGGGUCUUGAACGUGGCAGAGUCAAAAGAUGUCAGAAGCAGAGCCCUUGGAAAAGGGUAUUGCUCAGGGAGGGGCUCUGGGACGAAUCUGGGGGCCAGAAGGAGGUCAGAACCUAGAACCUGAGGGUUGAGGUCAUACUGGUGGUGAUUCAGAAACAUGUGCUCUCUGAAGGGGUGAGGUGAGACGUGUUGGGGGCAGGACUCUGGCUCACAAGCUAAGUCUAUGGGGCAGAAGAUCCCUGUGGGAGGCAGGACGAGAAGUUUCCAUCUUCCAGGUCCUAGACCAGUGGCCAGAUGAUGAUUCUCAGAGAAGAGAGGCCUGGGGUCUUAUACCAUUGAGGGAAGUCACAGGCUGGUCUGGAUUCAAGGGCUGGGCUGCACCCCUGAGUAUCUAAGAGAUCUGAGUUACCUGAGGGCAUAGGCCCUGAGGUCAUGGGGCUGGUGUGGACUGGUGUGACCUGAUGAAUUAGGGGACUUUGGGGCCGAGCCUCUGGGGGAGUGGGGCUACGGUUCAGGAUUUGGGACCCUGAUGGGAGGCGGAAAGUGUCUAAGAUAGGCAGGACCCUCCAUUCAACCAGCACCCCUUUGUCCUUCCAUCCCCAGGAGGUCCCCUUUCUCCCUCAAAGAUGUGCGGCUGAAGGAGGCCAAGAACAUGGGGAAAGAAGAGACAUAGGAAGAUAGGGAACACCCCCACUCCACUGCCCCUGCCCCCUUUGUCUUCUGUCCCAUUAGGUCCUAGAUCAGGAAGGGUCCUUUAGAGUCCCCCUUCCCAUUUAAGAUGAGAGAGCUGAAGGUGGAGAAGGUCUGAGCGAAUCAUCAGAACACCUGGGUAGCUGCCGGCCAUUUUUCUCCCCGGCACUCACCGUAGUCCUGCUGGCAGUACCUCUGAAGGCUCAUGUGUACCCUGGUAUCCGAGACAUUGCAGUAGUUUUGACAUUGAGGGUCUGGGGAGGGUUAGGUCGUCUGCAGUAGGUUCCGGAGGCCUGGACCGCAGCGUCCAACCCUGCCCAUCCCCCCAUUCCAUUAUGAUGGACAACUGGGGUGCCCCACCCCUUGGGACUUGGCUCAGUGGGCCACCCCUGGAUCCCCACCUGGGGGCCCAAGCAACCCAUCCCUGAUCUCACUUGCUGUCAGCGUUCUCCACGCCAGCCUGUCUUACCGGAGCUGUAAGCACCAGGGGUAGUAGCAGGGGGGGUUGUUGCCUCUGGAAUUCCUGAGAGAGACCAAAGCAGAAAUUUCACCUUAGUGCCCCCUCCCCUGCAGCCGCCACCCCAACAGGAAUCCAGGCAUCCAGACCCCAUGUCUAUUCCCUUAUGGCCCAAGAGUGCGAGCGCCCUUUGCCCUCCUCCUCCCAGGACCUGGAGUUGGUCCCUAGUCCCUUCUUCCUUCAGAUCCAGGAAUGUAGACCCCCCCCGCAGCCCCCUCCUCCCUCAGACUCAGGAGUCCAGGCUCCUAGCCUCCUCCUUCCCAAGACCAAGGAGACUGGAAUUUGAGUCCCCACCUCCCCCAGAGGCCCAGAGUCGGACCUCCAGCCUCUAGCUCCCAUCUCCCAGGGACCCGGCCGUCAGCAUCCUUGCCCACUGGAGAGCUGGGAUGUCCCCUUCCCAUCCCACUUAGGACUUGCAGCCCCGCCCCUUGUCACUCACGCUGGCAGGGCAUCCGGGGAGAGCGGCUCUGCUGGUAGCCGGGACCACAGCGGUUGCAUGUGAGGCCGGUGACCCCUAACUUGCAGGGGCACUGCCCGCUGGUUUGGUUGCAGAUGCCCCCCGUGGCCCCGAUCGGGUGACACUGGCAGGCUACAUGAGGAGAGGAGCUGGGGACCCGGGGUGUCAGGGCCCCAGAGGCUCCUUCCCAGUCCCGCCCCCGCCCGCCAGCCCCAGGCGUCGGGCCCUGCAUCCUUUCCCUCUGGGCCAGGCUUCGGGCCGCACUCACCCCUGCAGGCCUUGCGGCUGGUGACGGGCUGGCUGGGGUCCCUCCAGAACCCCGGCUGGCAGUAGUGACAGUGUCGCCCGGCCGUGUGGUGACGGCACCGCUCACAGACACCCCCGCUCCGGCCGCCGGACAGCCGGAAGAGCUCCGAGUUGAACCUGCAGCGUCGGGCGUGCUGGUUGCAGGAGCAGGCUAGAGACAGGACGGGGCAGGCGCGUCAGGCUCCCACCUUCCCUUCCCGGUCCCCAGCUUGCCCCCCCCGCCCCCCCCCAGAGGUCCCAGACCCUCCUCAUUCUCAUCUUUAAGGUGGGUGCACCGGACUGGAGUGGGCGAGCCUGAGGGGCCCAACGGACCUCCUGAACGUCUGUGUGAAACUGGGGGCUCGGGGAGGAGUGGCCACUCCGGGAGCAUGGGCUGUGGGGUCAGCGCCCCCCCCCCACGUGUCUGCUCCCCACUGUGCUCCUUGGGCAAGUGACUUCUUUCUGUAGCUCGGUCUCCUCCUCUGUAAGACGGCAGUCACAGUGUCCACUCCGUGAGGUUGAAAGGAAACCGAAAGGAUAUAAAGGGCUCGACCCAGGGCCUGUGACGCAGAGCAGGCGUUCGGGGCUCGGCGUGCUUCCUUCUCAGAGCGGCUCCGUGAGGCUUGCAUCUUACCGAUGCGAAAACGGGGGCAGAGAGGCGAAGUCAUCUGCCCAAAGUAACGCAGCUCAGGGGCAGUCCCAGGCAGGCUCAGUACCCAGGGCUUCUGGCUUCAGAGUCCGUGCUCUUGGCAACCAGACUGCAGCGGGGCCCACGGCUGGCGUGAGGAUUCUGGGCGGCUUACGUGCGCGCGUGUGUUCCUGCAGAGCGCUGAUCGGUGGGGCUGCUGCCACUCUCGAACCUUAACUACUUCUCAGUUACUGGGAAACUACUUCUCAGUUACUGGGAAACGUUAAGAAGAAACCACACAGCUUCCAGGGCCCACCCCCAGGCCUUCAGCUGGGCCCAGGCAUCUGUGUCUCUAGCCAGCGUUUCUGAGUGAGAUGCUGCGGGAGGGGCUUCGUGGACCAUUCUUGGGAGAGGUUUAAGGAGUUUCUGACUCCCAAGGGGUUCGGGAGGCCUGGGCUGACAGGUGCUGGGAACACAGAGGGCCAGCAGCGGGAAGGUCAUGACGCCGAGGCAUCUGUGUGUUCUUGGAAGAACGACUCGCCUUCCUAAACCUUGGUUUCCUCCUGUGCAGUGGGGAGCUCAGCCCCUCUCGCCCAGGCUUGUCGUGGGCCUUAAGAGGUAGCAGUACUCUUCAGGUUAUUGGUGGGGAGAAUCAGCCUUUGGAUUCUUUCUGACCAGACCUUCCGUCUGGAAGACUCAGGUGGUGGGAAGGGGUUCAGAGCACCAUGCCUAUAAAGCCGGCAGCUCUGCCACAGGACUCGGUCCCACCCCGUCCGAGACCCUGCUUUAUCCCAACACUGUCGGCUUCUUACCCAGGUUCAGAGGCCAGUGCCAUGCUCAGCCUGGGGCAACGUGAUCCUCAGAGGGACAACCUUCCCAGCUCCCAGGCCGUGCCCAGGCCCAGGAUGAACCAAGUCCCACCCCCAGGCAAUGGACCCCAGCCAGCCACGCCACCCAGGACUGUGUGGGACGUGAGGGAUGUCGCCCCAGGGGGGCCUGGAACUGGGCAGCCCCAAGCAUGCUGGCCCAGGAGGCUCAAGGCAGCCAUCAUGGGAUUCAGGGCCACUUGCCCUUCCUUCUCCACCAUCUACUUCCUCUUCAUCCUCUUGGUGGUGUCCACCGUCUUCCACUCCCAUCACCGCCUGGCCCUGGUGCCCACCCCCUGGGCCUACCCAGGCCGCAUGGUCCUGCUCCCCAGACACCUGCCGCCGGGGGGCAUGUUCACCAUCAACGCCAAAGGCCGCCUGGGGAACCAGAUGGGGGAGUACGCCACCCUGUACGCCCUGGCCAAGAUGAACGGGCGGCCGGCCUUCAUCCCGGCCGAGAUGCACAGCACGCUGGCCCCCAUCUUCCGAAUCAGCCUCCCGGUCCUGCACGGCGCCACGGCCAGCAGGAUCCCGUGGCGGAACUACCGCCUGAACGACUGGAUGGAGGAGCGCUACCGCCACAUCCCGGGGGAGUACGUGCGCCUCACCGGCUACCCCUGCUCCUGGACCUUCUACCACCACCUGCGAGGCGAGAUCCUGCGGGAGUUCACCUUGCACGACUACGUGCGGGAGGACGCCCAGAAGUUUCUGCGGGGCCUGCAGGCCAAGUGGGCCCGGCGGUCGACCUUCGUGGGGGUCCACGUGCGCCGGGGGGACUACGUGCGCGUCAUGCCGCGGGUGUGGAAGGGCGUGGUCGCCGACCGGGGCUACCUAGAGCAGGCCCUGGACUGGUUCCGGGCCCGCUACCGCUCCCCAGUCUUCGUGAUCACCAGCGACGACAUGGCCUGGUGUCGGCAGAACAUCAAUGCCUCCCGGGGGGACGUGGUGUUUGCCGGCAAUGGCCUUCAGGGCUCCCCCACCAGGGACUUCGCGCUGCUCACGCAGUGUAACCACACCGUCAUCACCGUGGGCACGUUUGGGAUCUGGGCCGCCUACCUGGCGGGCGGGGACACCGUCUACCUGGCCAAUUUCACCCUGCCCGGCUCCCCCUUCCACUGGAUCUUCAAGCCCCAAGCGGCCUUCCUGCCCGAGUGGGUGGGCAUCGCCGCUGACCUUGGGCAGGCCAGAGAGAGUGGCUCCUAGCCCGGUGCGUCGCGUGUCCCCCCCUCGCCCUGGGGCCAACAGGCUUUGCCCCAGAGCUGCAGCACCUGUGUUUGCCUCCAGGCCGCGAUGCUUCCCAGCUGGGCCACCUCGGACAAGUGACUUAACCUCUCUGGGCCUUAGCGUGCCACCUGCAAAGUGGACCUAAUACAGAACUUACCUCCGCAGCUCCUGCAGCAAGUUUAUUUAGUGUCUUGGGAACCCUAACCCGAACCCGAACAGGCACGUGGGUGGCGUAUCCUGAACUUUCGGGCUGCUUUAAGAUGGAAACAUAUAUUUUGCCCUCUCUUUGUCUGUAGCUUCAGGAGCGUGAGUCCAAGUGUUUUGCCCUUGCCUCCUGGGAGGGUUCGGUGAAGCCGUUCCUGCCCUCAAGUCAAGGAGAGCCAAAUGUUAGGCUUUGGGUUUCAUGGGGCCUCAUCAUGAAAGGGAGGGAACCCGGGAUUUGAGAGGAUGAAUCCUGGGGAGGUACCCUCAGUGGGGAGGCGAGGUGCCUGGAAAUGGGGGUGGGCAUGGGGUGGGGGCAGGACUCAGGCGGGACUCCACACCAAUCGGCCGGCAGCAGCAAAAUGCCCAGAGCCCAACGUCCUAGAAGUGGCGGGCGGACCUCAGGGGGCUCCAGGAAACACGGCCAUGUCAGCAGCCACCUGCAGACGGAUGGCCUCACCCUUGGCCCUGCCUAUGCCCCCCAGGACCCAGAGCCACUCUGAGAAACCCCCGUGUGGACAAGAGUUGAAUAGGGGAUCAUAAUACGGGUGUUCCUGUGUUCAGUGCAUUUGGAACUAUGGAGAUACCAGUAUUUUUAUCGGUGUAAUACUCCUUUUGGAUAUUAAAAAAAACUUUUUUUGUUUUUAAAGAUUUUAUUUAUUUAUUUGUCAGAGUGAGAGAGCACAAGCAGGGGGAGGGCGAAGGAGAAGCAGGCUCCCCGCUGAGCAAGGAGCCUGACUCAGGGCUCGAUCCCAGGACCCCGGGAUCAUGACCUGAGCCAAAGGCAGAUGCUUAACCAACUGAGCUACCCAGGCGUUCCCCCGCCCCCCAAAAAAGUCUUAACAUACAGUCAUUUAUGUUCAUUGAAAAUUGUCACUGCGGGCGCCUGGGUGGCUCAGUCGGUUGAGCGACUGCCUUCGGCUCAGGUCAUGAUCCCAGGG